GAAGAUGUUGGAUCUUCUCGUGCCUCAACGUCAUGCGACUUCCUUUCAUGAAGAAGUUUAAUUUAGAGGAAUUUGAGUUUAGUCAGUCAUACCUCUUUUUCUGGGACAAGAUUGAGCGCUGCUACUACUUCCUGCAUGCCUGUGUGGAGACGGCACAGAGGAACGAACCUGUGGAUGGGCGCCUGGUCCAGUUCCUUCUUUCCAAUCCAACCAAUGAUGGAGGACAGUGGGACAUGCUGGUCAAUCUUAUUGAGAAGUAUGGCGUCAUUCCAAAGAAAUGCUUUCCAGAGUCCCACAGCUCAGAGGCUUCACGUAGAAUGAAUGACAUUCUCAAUAACAAGCUGAGAGAAUACUGCUUGAGACUGAGGAACAUGGUGGCCAAUGAUACCAUAAAACUCGAACUGAAUGAAACCAUUGACAACAUGAUAGAGGAGGUAUUUCGUGUGGUCAGUGUCUGCUUAGGCAGCCCUCCUGAGACCAUUUGCUGGGAAUUCAGGGACAAGGAAAAGAACUUCCACCGCAUGGGACCUCUCACCCCCCGACAGUUCUACAGGGAACACGUCAAACCCCUGUACAACAUGCAGGACAAGGUGUGCCUCGUGAACGACCCUCGGCCGCAGAACCCCUACGGGAAGCUGUACAGCGUCGAGUUUCUGGGGAAUAUGGUGGACGGUAACAGCACUCUGUACAACAACCAGCCCAUCCAGCUGCUGAAGAAGGCAGCAGCAGAUUCUAUCAAAGAAGGAGAGGCUGUGUGGUUUGGAUGUGAUGUUGGGAAACAUUUCCACAGCAAGCUUGGCAUUAAUGACAUGAAUGUAUUCAACCAUGACCUCGUGUUUGGAGUAUCUGUAAAGAACCUGUCCAAGGCAGAGAGGCUGAUCUACAGCGACUCUCUCAUGACGCACGCUAUGAUCCUCACUGCUGUUACAGACAAGGAUGGGAGAGAAGGUUAUGAAAAGUGGAAAGUGGAAAACUCCUGGGGUGAUGACCGUGGGAACAAAGGUUACCUCAUCAUGACGGAUGAUUGGUUUUCUGAGUAUGUGUAUGAGGUGGUGGUGGACAAGAACUUCCUUCCCUCUGAAGUUCUGGACGUGAUGCAACAGGAUCCUAUUUUACUUCCUGCCUGGGAUCCGAUGGGAGCGUUGGCAUAAAGAUAGGAUGACAUCCAAGUUGUAAUCCCGGUCUCUGGUCUGGCUGAUUGGCUUCACUCUGUUCCUUGGCUAAUUUUAAAUCCAAGUUUUCUCUCACAACUCCUCACUAAAGAGCCUGUUCUCAUAGGAAAAUUAAAGUUUAAAUAUUUUUUUUUACUGGA